UAUAAUAAAUGUAUACUUCAAAAAUUAUUUACAUUUAUCUUCUUUAUUCAACAGACAAGCGUUUGAAAACAUUUAUCGCAUGCUUCGACCUGGUGGAACUAUGCUUACAUUAUUUGUAGCAUCUCAUGAUGCAUAUAAUGUUUUUGAACUAAUGGCACAAGAUAAUCACUUUGCAUUGUACAAGGAAGACAUAAAAAGGUGCAUUUCACCGUAUUUUUAUUCAAAAAAUCCUUGCAAAGAAGUAAAAGAGUUACUUAAAAAUAUUAGAUUUGAAGUUUGCCAUUGCAGUCAUCGAGAAGUGACAUUUUCCGCUAAAAAUUCAAACAAGUUUUUAUCUGGGAUAAUGUCCAUAUCCACAUUUUUGGAUAAGAUGCCGCAUGAUCUCGCAAAAGAGUUCAAGAAUAAUUUCGCACGUGAAUAUAUGAAAAGGGAGAUUAGCUAUACAUCAAUAUGUGAUAAUCAAGAGCAAAAAUUUGUAUUAAAUAUACACAAAAUGAUGAUAGUUUAUGCACGAAAAGUUAUAUAAUAUUGCGUAUAUAUGUAGGGAAAGGUGGGGUAAGACGGACCGCGGGGUAAAAUGGUCCAUUUGCUAGAUCUUAUUAGUAAGUACCUCUAUCUGCUGGAUAAACAUAAAAUUAAUUUCCUUUUUGAUGCUUUUUAACUGUUUAAAAAUUACGUCAUUAUAUCAUAAGACUAU